AUGCCUCUGCUCUUCCCUCUCUUCCUGCUCGCUUCCUGCAGUCCAGGGCCCAGCCGCUGCUUCUCACCGCCGCCGUGUGAGCGUGCUUCUCCCCUGACUGCAAACGCCUCCUCCCCCGGGCCUCUGCCACCGCCAUGGCACCCCCACAACCCACCACCCGAGCCCCCGCGGGUCCCUGAGACAUGCACCGACAGCCGCGGUGGUAGGACCCCCGGGAGGAGCAGUCACCGCAGCCCCAGAGAGAGCCCUGUCCUCCCGCCUCCAGCAGCAGGUCAUACCAUGGAGCGGUCAGGCAGCAUCCAGGUGGACAUCCCAGACUUCAGUAACUCGGUGCUGAUGCAGCUGAACGCACUGCGGGUGCAGGGACGUCUCUGUGACAUUGUGGUCCACGUUCAGGGCCAGAGCUUCAGAGCGCACAAGGUGGUGCUGGCUGCCAGCUCGCCGUACUUCCGAGACCACAUGUCUCUGAGCCAGAUGAGCACCGUGUCCCUCACCGUGAUCAGAAACCCCUGUGUGUUCGAACAGCUGCUGUCCUUCUGCUACACGGGCCGCCUCUGUCUGCAGCUCAGUGACAUCAUCAGUUAUCUGACCGCUGCCAGUUUCUUACAGAUGCAACACAUCAUCGACCGCUGUACGCAGAUUCUGGAGGGAAUCCACCUGAAGAUCAGCCUGGCUGAGCUGGAGGAGGAGAGGGAGGAGAGAGAUGAGGCGCGUACAGGAUCCUCGAGGGCCCGGUCUCUGGAGUCCGUGGUUCGUUCUGGUCACAGUCUGCGUCUGCUGGGGCCCAGAGCGGCGGAAGCAGAGACUCCACCAGAGGAGGCCCCUAGCCCUCCUCCCCCAGUGGAGCACAGCGGGGCCAAAGAGCCAAUCCUCCGCAUCAACCGCGCAGGACAGUGGUACGUGGAGACCAGUAGCGACCCCGAGAGGAGUGCCAGUGCCGACGACUGCAGCCAGGACGUUGUCCUGACCACAGUUUCUGGGCCCGCAGUGGACCGCGUGCACAUAAAGACCGAGCGGGUGGAGGACUGGAUGGGGGCGGAGUCUCAGACGGAGGAGGGUGGGGCCGUGGAGGAGGGCACGGUGAUGAUUGACAGCUCGGGACGCAGCACAGUCGUCACGGCGACGGCUGUGGGGGCCAUGGCGUCACGCAGCAGCGUCCAGCCGUCAAGCAGCUUCAGCGAAACAGAGAGGUUCAGUCCGACUGGGAGUGUGGUGGUGCUGGCAGACCGACAGAGAGCCAAGAGUGAGUCUCCAAACAGAGCGGACGAACUGAGGCAACCCAGCUCCCAGGGCGAGGAGAGCACCACCUUUGACAUGGGGGGGUACGAGGACUACCUGAGGGAGCAGGUGGGGGACCGCUGGUACCGAUACAAUCCCAGACUCACCUGCAUCUACUGCUGCAAGUCCUUCAACCAGAAGGGUAGCCUGGACCGACACAUGCGCCUGCACAUGGGAAUCACUCCCUUCGUCUGCCGCCUCUGCGGCAAGAAGUACACACGCAAGGACCAGCUGGAGUACCACAUCCGCAAGCACACGGGCAACAAGCCCUUCCACUGCCACGUGUGCGGCAAGAGCUUCCCCUUCCAGGCCAUCCUGAACCAGCACUUCCGUAAGAACCAUCCCGGCUGUGCUCCCCAGGAGGCCCAGAGCGCCUCCCCAGAGACCACCAUGGUGACGUCCAGAGGUGGCCCCAGCGACGAGGCCUCCCCCAGCCAAGAGGAGCCUGAGGGGGGAGGAGGGGGAGGCUACGGAGACGGUCCUCAGGCCUCUGUGUCCACCACCGGCCCCGACUGA